AUGUGUUCCAUGUACCGAUCUAACAGUGAUCGAGACUUGAGACAGUCAAGCUCUAACUGUGAUCGAGACUUGAGACGGUUAAGACCUAACAGUAAUCGAGACCUGAGACGGUUAAGAUCUAACAGUGAUCGAGACUUGAGACGGUUAAGAUCUAACAGUGAUCGAGACUUGAGACGGUUAAGAUCUAACAGUGAUCGAGACUUGAGACGGUCAAUAUCUAACAGUGAACUGAGACUUGAGACGGUCAAAUCUAAGAGUGAUCGAGACUUGAGACAGUCAAACUCUAACUGUGAUCGAGACUUGAGACGGUUAAGAUCUAACAGUGAUCGAGACUUGAGACAGUCAAGCUCUAACUGUGAUCGAGACUUGAGACGGUUAAGAUCUAACAGUGAUCGAGACUUGAGACAGUCAAGCUCUAACUGUGAUCGAGACUUGAGACGGUUAAGAUCUAACAGUGAUCGAGACUUGAGACAGUCAAGCUCUAACUGUGAUCGAGACUUGAGACGGUUAAGACCUAACAGUAAUCGAGACCUGAGACGGUUAAGAUCUAACAGUGAUCGAGACUUGAGACGGUUAAGAUCUAACAGUGAUCGAGACUUGAGACGGUUAAGAUCUAACAGUGAUCGAGACUUGAGACGGUCAAUAUCUAACAGUGAACUGAGACUUGAGACGGUCAAGUGCUAA